AUGAUUUUAAUAUGCUCAAAGAGGAGCACCUAGUAGAAUGUCUUAGAAAGGACAAUGAAAUAGCGGCUUUUGUAAGAGCUGAGCCACAACUAAUAUAUUUGUUCAGCGAAAAAAGAAAGGAGAUAUUAGUUAACCAGGAAUGUGGCACAUCAGAUUAUGGUAUACAAGAGAAAUUAAAGUCACAACAGUACAAAACUAAUAUCCAAACAAGAAAAAGAAGUGUGAGCCCAAUAGAAAAGAAAAGGGAAAUCAAAAAAACCUGCAAAAAAGAAGAAGAUAUAGUCCAAGUAUUCGACACAUCUAAAGUACACAAUACAGAAUCACGGCCUGUUAAAUCUACUAAUGAAAGAGAAAGUGCAGCAAAGAGAAAAGAAAAUUCUUAUACUCAGAAUAGAGAUAGCAAAAUCAAAGCAACCAACAAAUUAGAUCCUCCUGCUUCAUUAUUGAACAAAAGAAACAAAAAUAAGGAGAACAUAAAACCUAACUACAGAAACUAUAGCAGACUGGACAAGCUAGAAGGUCAAGACAGCUUAUCUCAUAGAAUAUCCACAAGAGACGAUCUUGCGGAUCGCUCCUAA